CAAAAAAGGGUUACUGUUUGAGUCACCUGCCUGCAUCUGAAGGGAGAGAACUGUUCCGACUGUCUCUCUUUCUCUUCCCUCUCCUCUCCCUCAUCUUCUCUCUCCCUCCCUCACAGGGUUUUUCCCAGGCUGAGGCUUCCAUGGACCCUCUGGCUCCGCCGCUCUCAACAGUGACUUGGAGCGCUCUGAGAACUUUGUGAACUCUCCGUGUCGGGAGUGGGAAGGGAGAGGAAGGGGAGCAGUUGAUGGGACGCAGCCCGGCAGCAGCGGCAGGCUCCUCUGGAGACGGCAUCAGGACUCUCAGCUGGAGAUAAUCCCCCUCGGGUCAUGACAAGACGGUGCCUCAGCCUCCUAACCCCCCUGGCUCUGCUGGGACUCCUCCUGGGGCUCGCAGACCUCAGCCAGGACGCUGCUGGCGAGGAUGAGGAUUAUUACAUGCAGGAGCUGCUGACAAGGGAGCAGUACAACCAGGUCCAAAUGCAGGAGAAGCCUGUGGCCUCGGUACCUGACAGGCAGGAGCACCCAGGCCGCAACCCUGGCAAGAAGGUGCCCAAGGGAAAGGAAGUCAGCAGCAGGCAGACAGAUCAAACCUCAGCUGAUGCAAAACCAGCGAGCAACAGGAAAGCGGAGAAGAACAAGAAGAGCAACCUGAACGCCGCAAACAGCAUCUCAGAGGGAGGACAAUACAACUCAAUAAAAGAGGAAUGCCCUCCUAUGGGACUGGAGACGCUGAAGAUUGAUGAUUUCCAGCUUCACGCUUCGAGCACGAAACGCUACGGCCUUGGUGCACACAGAGGUCGCCUUAACAUUCAGGCAGGCAUUUAUGAUGAUGACCUCUAUGCUGGGGCCUGGUGCGCGGGCAGAGAUGACCCGCUGCAGUGGUUCGAGGUGGACGCCAGGAGGCUGACCAAGUUCACAGGGGUCAUCACACAAGGCAGGAGCUCCCUCUGGUCGAGUGACUGGGUGACCUCGUACAAAGUCAUGGUGAGCAACGACAGUCACAGCUGGGUAACGCUGCAGAACGGCUCCGACGACAUGAUUUUCAGCGCCAACCGGGAAAAGGAGAUCCCCGUGCGGAACAUCUUCCAGGUGCCGGUGGUCGCCCGAUACAUCCGAGUCAACCCUCUCUCCUGGUUCAACAGCGGCAACCUCUGCAUGAGAGUGGAGAUCCUUGGCUGUCCUAUGCCAGAUCCGAACAAUUAUUACCACAGACGCAAUGAAGUCAUAACAUCGGACGACUUGGACUUCAGACACCACAGCUACAAGGAGAUGAGGCAGAUGAUGAAGGUGGUAAACGAGAUGUGCCCCAACGUCACCCGGAUCUACAACAUAGGAAAAAGCCAAAAUGGCCUCAAGCUGUACGCCAUAGAGAUCUCUGACAACCCUGGAGAGCAUGAAGUCGGUGAACCGGAGUUUCGGUACACGGCCGGUUCCCAUGGUAACGAGGUGCUGGGCCGGGAGCUGCUCCUCCUGCUGAUGCAGUUCAUGUGCCUGGAGUAUUUGUCUGGCAACCAGCGGAUCCGUCACCUGGUGGAGGAGACCAGAAUCCAUCUAUUGCCAUCUGUCAACCCCGAUGGGUACGAGAAAGCCUUUGAAGCGGGUUCUGAGCUCAGUGGCUGGUCUCUGGGUCGAUGGAGCACUGACGGAAUAGACAUUCACCAUAACUUCCCCGAUCUCAACUCCAUACUGUGGGAGGCCGAGGCCAAGAAAUGGAUCCCUCGCAAAAUGUUCAACCACCACGUGCCCAUCCCUGAGUGGUACCAGUCCUCAAAUGCAUCGGUUGCCAUGGAGACGCGGGCCCUGAUAGCGUGGAUGGAGAAGAUGCCCUUUGUGCUGGGCAGUAACCUUCAGGGAGGGGAGCUGGUGGUGACCUUCCCCUACGACAAGACCCGCUCCCCGGGGGUGAGCAGGGAGCAGACCCCCACCCCGGACGACCACGUGUUCCGCUGGCUGGCCUUCUCCUACGCCUCCACCCACCGCCUGAUGACUGAUGCCAACCGACGGGUCUGCCACAUGGAAGACUUUGCCAAGGAGGACGGCACCAUCAACGGAGCGUCCUGGCACACUGCGGCUGGCAGUAUGAACGACUUCAGCUACUUGCACACCAACUGCUUCGAGUUGUCCAUGUACGUGGGUUGUGACAAAUUCCCCCAUGAGAACGAACUGCCUGAGGAGUGGGAGAACAACCGCGAGUCUCUUCUCGUCUUCAUGGAGCAGGUGCAUCGUGGGAUCAAAGGUGUUGUGAGGGACCUGCAGGGUCGUCCAAUAGCUAAUGCUACCAUCUCUGUGGAGGGCAUCAGCCACGACAUCCGCACAGCUGCCGACGGUGACUACUGGCGCUUGCUGAACCCCGGCGAGUACAGAGUAUCAGCCAGGGCGGUGGGCUACAGCCUCGUCAGCAAGAAGUGCGAGGUGGGCUACGAGAUUGGCGCCACCAGGUGCGACUUCACCCUCGGCCGCACCAACCUUUCACGCAUCAAAGAAAUAAUGGAGAAGUUCAACAAGCAGCCCAUCAGAGUGCCCAUGAGGCCGCCUCAAGCUCACAGGUCCAGGGCUAGACAUUUGGGAACAUAAAGACUGAAUGUAGAAACCAGAGGAAUAAGAAACAAAUAAGAAACACCAGUUCUGAUCAGACCGGGGCUUGGACCUCUGUUAGAUCCCUCCAUAGAGCUGUCUGCACGAUUAUCUUGGAUAUUAAAAAAAUGUGGAUUCAUUUAAACAGGAUCCUUUUUGGUUUUGUACCCAGUCCUAAGCUCAUGUGGUCACUGUUGUCACGUCAACUUUUCUUGAUGUCCACUGUAAAAGGUAAAAGUAUUUUAUUCUUUCAAAUUAUUCAAUCCCCUCUUCUCAAUCUGUGAUAAAUAUUAAUAAUUACGUGUGGCGUCAACCAUAAAUGAAUAAAUAUUGAUUAUAUAUAUGGAUUUAAUCAAUUUAUUUUUCUACAUAAAUUGAACUACAAUUUGAUUGUGACUUCUGUACAUAUAUUAACUUAUGUAACACAGCUAUGUAAACCAUUACUUUUAAGCUUUAUUAGCUGCACUUGAAUGAAGCAUGUGGACUCAGUGACCUUUUGUGUGUCGCUGAUUUUAUUUUGGCAAGUUAUUAAAUAAAGAGCUUGUUUGCA